UUCAUAGGAGAUUUGAGAGGAUUAAUGUCUCAAUCACUUUUCAAUCUCAAAAGUUUAUCUCGCUCGAUCAACAACACAAUCAGAAUGAGAAGAUACAUUGUGAUCACAAAAGCCUCUCAAAGGGCAUAUACAAUUGGAAGUAGUCAAGAGAAGCCAUCGUGGGCAUCAGACCCUGAUACCGGAUACUUUAGACCCGAGACCGCUGCAAAAGAGUUAGAUCCAUACAUUGCAAAAACCUCUCAAGUUCAAGGUAAAAUGAUGAGAGGAGAAGAGUUAUGGUGGAUGCCUGAUCCUCAGACCGGAUACUAUAGACCAGACAAUUUUGCCAGAGAGCUUGACGCAGUUGAGCUACGGUCUUUGCACUUCAACAAGAAUCAAAAGACUGAGAACUCGUAAUAAGGUUUUGGCAAAUUAUUUGUUUGCCUCAUUGCUUCUUAGUUCUUAUUUUUCUAACGCGAGACGCAUCAUUGUUUAGUCAUGUUGACUUUAUCAAACAACAUGAUUUGUUCAAGGUUGCUUCCAAAUGUUGGGUUUUAUCUGGUGAAUCUUUUUAAAAACAAGUUGUCACGUAUUACUAUUAGUUAUCUAUAUAAAAAAUUCCAUUCCAA